GCAAAGCCGCACUUGUACAGUACGGUCGUCUUAAGAAAACGGGGUAAAUUUGGCAAAAGUCAACGGAACGUGCACUGCUUGACCAACAACUAUGGCCUCUGAGGAACCUAAAGCGAAGAAAGCCAAACUUUCGCAAGGAGAAAAGACGGACUCUUUGGCUAAAUCGUCUCCUGUAAAACUAAGCCCUAAUUCACUCUUUGGGAUGGGGAAUCCCUUGCUGGACAUCUGUGCUGUGGUAGACAAAGACUUCUUGGACAAAUACACACUGAAGCCCAAUGAUCAAAUCCUGGCAGAGGACAAGCACAAAGCCAUGUUUGAAGAGCUGGUGGACAAGUUCAAAGCAGAGUACCACGCUGGGGGAGCCACACAAAACUCCAUUAAGGUCGCUCAGUGGAUGAUCCAGGAGCCUCAUAAUGUGGGCACCUUCUUCGGCUGCAUUGGCAAAGACAAGUUUGGAGAUAUCCUGAAGAAGAAGGCGGAGGAGGCCCAUGUUGAUGCCCACUACUACGUGCAAGACGUAGAGCCUACGGGAACGUGUGCAGCGUGCAUCACUGGAGCGAAUCGGUCACUGGUGGCUAACCUGGCUGCUGCUAACUGUUAUAAAAAGGAGAAACAUUUGGAUCUGGAGGAGAAUUGGAAGUUGGUGGAAAGCGCUAAAGUUUACUAUAUCGCUGGUUUCUUCCUCACCGUGUCUUUGGAGUCCAUGCUGAAAGUGGCCAAGCACGCGUCGGAAAAGAACAAACUGUUCUGCCUCAACCUGUCUGCACCUUUCAUCUGCCAGUUCUUCAAGGACCACCUCAUGCAGCUCCUGCCAUACGUGGACGUGCUCUUCGGCAACGAGACGGAGGCAACUGCAUUCGCCAAAGAGCAAGAUUUUGAGACCAAAGACAUCAAGGAGAUUGCCAAGAAAGCGCAGGCUCUUCCCAAAGUCAACACAAAGAGACAAAGGAUUGUUGUCUUGACUCAGGGGAAGGAGGAAACUGUGAUGGCUCUCGGUGGGAAAAUUGAGACUUUCCCAGUGUUGGCAAUCGAUCCCAAAGACAUCGUCGACACAAACGGUGCCGGUGACGCUUUCGUCGGAGGUUUUUUGUCCGAGCUGGUCCGAGACAAACCGUUGGACCGAUGCGUGAGAGCGGCUCACUACGCUGCCAACGUCAUCAUCAGACGAUCAGGUUGCACGUUCCCAGAAAAGCCCGACUUCGUCUAAAGAUGUCCUUUUUGUAACAGUACUAUUUUACACAUGUUUUUAGCCCUGCAAUCAGUGUCUUUCUUUUAAUAACACGCUAACGUCCGUGUUAUCAUGAAUCGCCGUGCCUCCAAAUGAGGGAGGAGUUUUUUUUUCCACUCUAGUGAGUUUAAAUGCAAACGAGAACAUAAUGUAAACAAUCAUUAUAUGAUUGCACAUGGUUAUUACUAUUUUUUUUUUACCAGCUGUUGUGCGUCCACGCACACAAAAUACACCCAAGUACUUAAGCAUCUGUGGACACUUGAAAAGUGUUCAGAUGACAUUUUGCAACGGUUUCGUUAUGUCUAAAGUCACAACAUGAAAUAUAGUCCAGGACCACUUAUUGUCAUGAGGACUAUUUAGUAAAUGGUAUAGAUACAGUACACUGUAUAUAACUGUCCAUUUUCUGCACUCUUAAUUGUUGUUUUAAUAUGUUCUGUCUAAUUGGUUUAUUUAUGUGUAAUUAAUAAGGCUAGUUAAUUUUUUUUAAAGUGUCGAAGCCUCCUCCCAUCGAGUCCUGUGUAAAUUUAACUGAUUUCAGUAUCCGUCAUGAGUGCCUUUCAUUCUUUGCUCUUGUUACAAAGUUCACUCACUUGAAACUGCUUUUGUCAUCAGGAUGUAAAAAGAAUAGCACACAAACACUGGUACUGUUGGAGAGUCAGGACCUUUUACUCACUGUGUCAAAGCAUUAUAAUGAUGGCGAAAAAAACCGCAACACUCAGUUACAAGUUCAUGAAUGUUUGUUUAUCACGUGGUGAUGUGACGCAGGGUUCCCUUUUGGCCUUUUCUGUGUUCGAUUUGGUUGAAGUUAAUCAAUACUUGAAUAGAGUUGUCUUUUCUGAUGCUUAAUUUGGAUUUGCAAUCCCUCCAAUGGUAUUGCUCAUGGUCACCAACAACAAAAGGCCUGAAGUGACUGUUAAUGUCUGGAUAAUGUCAGACUGUGAUGCCUCUCAUGCAUGGACGAAUAAAAGUACAAGUUCAUAAUUGAA